AUGUCUAUGGAAAUACUGUUAAUAAAUCAAAUUGAGAAGUUUGAAUUCCUAUACAAUUUUAAUUUACCGGAAUACAACCGCAAAGACUUGGUUGACGAAGCGUGGGCAAACAUUGCUGCGAACACAAAUUUAUCAAUCAGCGACUGCAAAGAAAAAUGGCGAAAUAUAAGAUCAUCUUUUCUAAGAAGUAUGAAACCCAGCGGAUCAAAAGUGAAAAAGCCGUAUUACUUGACCGAAUAUUUAAAGUUUAUAUUACCGUUUCUGAAACCUAUAAAUAUUGAGAACGCAGAUGACAGUCAUUACGAAACACAAUCAAAUAUUGUUACACAUGACACAGAGGUCGUAGUAGACUUUAUAAAAGCAGAACCUGAGGAAUAUGGAGAAAAUGAUGCAAAUACAGAAGUUAACGCCGAAAAUCGUAUUCUGAGCGACUUGCUAACACGACGAUCACCAGUGGUCCGUCGCAGAAGACGUUUUGUACCAGCAGGAAGAAGAAACUUAACAGAAGUAAUGAAACAUAGAGGAAAAAUAACAUCAAGUCAAAAAAAUGAUGUCACACAAAAUGAUGGAGCGAGUCCAUACAAUAAUAGUGCUAUGAAAAUGUUUCUUAUGAGUCUAUUACCUGAAUUAGAAACAAUGACAGAAGAGCAGAUAAGACUAUUUAAAAUUAAGUCCAUGAUAUUAAUAGAUGAUAUAAAACUAAACUAUACACAAAUGAGACAGAACACCAGUGGGAUAAAUUCGGAAAGACUACAGAAAAGGUUAAUAAAUCUUCUUUUGAAAAGUUUGCAGCGAACAACUGAAGACAACUCGAGGACUAAAGAAAGUUGA